CCCCAAAUUCAAUUCAUCAUAUCAUUUUCUUAUGUUAUUAGAGAGAGAAAGAAUAUUACCAAAGAAAAAAAAAACACUUUUUAAAAUAUCAUCAACUUCACUUAUCAUUCACCGGAAAAUCAUUUUCCGGCGCGAGAUGGACUAUCUGAAAAUAUUUUCAAAAUGUAACGACGAAAAGGACGAUGAUAAAUAUAAUAAUAGUAGUAGCAGCAGUAGUAGCAAUAACAAUAAUAGUAAUAAUGGUGAUUUGAUGAAAUGGACAAACCAAAGGCAUUCGGAUUUCUUGAGAGUAAUGGAAAAAAGAUUUGUGCGCAAUAUGUUGAAGAACAUCAACCAAAACACUAGAAACAAUCAUAAUAUUGUACACCAUACAAAUUCCAGGCUUGACCGUUUUGUCCCUGAUAUUUCUGAGUCUACUCUUGAUUCAGCUCAAAAUUGGUCGGAUCGAGUUAGAGGGAGUAGCAACAGCCAAAAAGAAAGGCUAGUGAUUCGUCCUCAUAAAAUAUCACAUGAUCAGGUGGUCCCACACUUAGAGAACAAAGCAAGUGAUAAGGGUGAAUUAAACCACAAGUGAUGUGAAAAUCCACAACCUACCGGAAUGCCCAAUGAUGUUGCUUCUUUGACCUCUUUAUCCGAAAAUGAAUUUGUUUGGCAAACGAUUGUUGGUUGAAAGAGUUGGUUAAAGUUGUUGGCUCGUCAAGCCAACAGAAAGUAUUGGCUGAUAAAUCAGUUCUUUAAGCCGACUUUUAAAAAGAUGUUUGAUAAUAAUAAUAAUUUGUUAGUUGUUGACUUUUAUUAAAGAAAACUAGGUCAAAAAACCAAAACCAAACCUCAACGAAACUCUUUGAAUUGUUUGAACAACUAAAAAUCAACCAAAGCCAAUAAAAACAAUCUAAUUAUCCUACAUAACAUAUAUGUUUUUUUUACUGUGCUGACAAA